ACCGAUAUAAAAGCCACCCCCACCGGCUCCUUCACCAGAGAGACGUGACCGGCCAGGCCAUUAAAAAACCACCACUUCCAUUUCCACUUCAACUUCUUCACGCACAAGAAGAUGAGCAGGCCAGGGGAUUGGAAUUGCAGGUCUUGCAACCACCUCAACUUUCAACGGAGGGACUCGUGCCAUCGCUGCGGCGAGCCGAGGGCCGACUUCGGCGGCGGAGGCUACGGCGGUGCCGCAAGAGUCGGCUCUUCGUCGUUCGGUUUCACCACCGGCCCCGACGUCCGUCCCGGGGAUUGGUACUGCGCCAUCGGAAACUGCGGCGCUCAUAACUUCGCCAGCCGCUCCAUCUGCUUCAAGUGCGGCGCGUGUAAGGACGACGCCUCCGCCGGUGCGUACGACGGCGAUAUUCCGCGAAUGAGAGGCUUUAACUUCGGCGGUGCCUCUAACCGCCCUGGAUGGAAAUCUGGCGAUUGGAUCUGUGCCAGAUCGGAUUGCAACGAGCAUAACUUUGCCAGCCGAAGGGAAUGCUUCAGAUGCAAUGCCCCGAGGGAUUCCAACGGCAACUCACCAUACUCGUAGAGGUGGCGUGAUGGAAGGAAUAAAUUCUAGCUAGAAAGAAGAGGAAGAGAGUUUCCAAAUUCCCAAUUCCCAAUUCCCAUGAUAUCUGAACGUCGUCGUUUUGUUUUUGUACCUCUCUUUAUUUUUCAGUUUUUAAAAGUAAUUUAAGUGUCUCCUUUUUGACGGGGGAGCUUUACUUUGGGAGAAGUAUGGCAUUAUUUCUGCAUGCAUGCAGAAAGACUUGGCAGUAGCAUUUUCAUGAGGCCCCCUCUUGUAUCCAAUUUUCUAAUUUAUAUUAGUAUCCAUCCUUUAAUAUUUAUAAUUAA